AUGUAUAAGCCUUAGGUAAUCGAAAGUCAACAGAAUUUAGUCUGCAUGAAUAAACAUGACCUACCAAUCAGUCAGGUGAUUUGGGACCCAAAGCUAAGUUUCGAUCAAAGAUUAUUGUGUACUCAGUGUGUUGAAGAUUAUGACAGUGAAACGAGAACCAUGGGAUACAAAAAAGUAUUCCAAUUGAUAGAAGAAAAGUAAAGAACUAAACUUCAGGAAUAUGAAAACUUACUUAUGCCUCACAUAAAUUCUGUAUUAUAAAUUCAAACUGCCAUAAAUGCUCUCAAAUAGAACAUAACAAAAUAAUUAGAAUAACUGUAAAGGAUUUCUGAGGAUUGGAUUAAGAAUCUAGAAUCAACCAAACAAGAAUUAUCAAAAUACUCAUUUUUUCAGGAAUUGGAUAAAUUAAUUAAAAAUGAAUAAAAUCAUUUUGAUGAAAAUAAACUCAAAACAGAAAUUUAUCUAAUCCAUACUGAAUGGAGUAAUCAAAUAAAUGAUAAAUUUGAGUUAUUCAAAGAAUUUUAAGAAUAUAGUGAUUGCCAAGAGAUUCUUAAGAAAAUAACUUAAGUGGAUGAUACACUCUAACUUUCUCCACCUCUCUCUCCAAUUAAAUUACUUCCAGAAAGAUUCUCUAUUAAAAUCCCCUCCCAAUCUAGAUCAUCCAAUUAACUAUCCAACCUACUUGGAAAUUCUUAGAUUGCCAAAGGUCCUUUUACAUAUUAAUUGCUAUCACAAAUGAGCCAUAAAUAAACUUAUUUUUGCAGAGCAAUAUCAAUCAAUCAUGAUAAUAGCAUCAUUAUAGUGGCCUGUAAUUCCAAUAUCAAAAUUAUGGAAAUUCUGCUUGAUUAAUAAUAGCAAUCUUCAUCAUCAACAAUAAACUCAACAAAUGAAAAUGAAACUAAGAGAACUCCAAGAUUAUUAUAAUUGCUACAAGGUGAACAUUCGGAUUUUGUGAAUACUCUUAAUUUUUUCAGAAAUACUCCUACUAUGCUUAAUUCUUUCCUUUCGGGUUCUAAGGAUUCAACUAUAAUUAUAUGGUCUCCAACAACCUACUCUUCUUAACAGUAACCUACUUCAUGGGCUCCAUUGUUUAAACUAAAUGGACAUUCAAAUAGUAUUAGAUGUUUGAUAAUUCAUCCUCUUUCUGAAGACCUAGUAAUUUCAGGCAGUGAUGAUAGGUCCAUAAAAUUUUGGUCAUGUGCUGCAUUUUUCUAAUAAAAAUGUUAAUGGACAUGCUAAUAGACAAUUAGUGAGCAUUUAGAUUGUGUUUGGGCAUUGUCAUUGAAUAUGGAUGGGAAUAAAUUGAUAUCUUGUGGAGAGGAUAAAUUAAUAUUAGUGAUGGAAUUGUCUAAUAGGUAAUAGUGGGAGGUAAAAUAAAAAAUUUAAGUUGAAAUCUAAGGGACUCGAAUAUGUUUUAUAAAUAACAAUUAAUUUUCUUUUCAAGCCUGUUCUGGCAAAGCAUUACCAAAUUUGUACAUUUAUACACUCAAUCCAUCCUCAGGAUUGUUUUCCAAAAGUAAAGAUAUCCCUGUUUAAGGAGGAGGACAACCAUGUGUUUUCUAUUUUCCUUAGUAAUACAUUCCAUCUAAAUAACUCUUAAUUUCAAAAAAUGGAUGCUAUGUGAAUUUGAUUAGAUUUUAGUUUUCUUCGUAUGAUGAAAUCUAAGAAACUUAAUUAGAAUAAUCAAUUCACUUUGGAUUCGAAUGCGAUGGAGAGAUAUUUGGAACAAUAAGUGAAGAUGGAGAGUUUUUAAUUACUUGGGACUCAGAAUCAAAAGAUGUUCAAAUUCGGUAGUAUAUGGAGAGAGAGCAAUGA